GAUAGAUAACUUGCCCGUUAUUGUGAAUAAGCCUUCAAAUUCUCAAUUUAAUAUUACCUGUACAGUAGUUUAGUUCGUUGUGUUCUGCCGAGUGUAAAUAAUCAUACUUAUUUGAUUUGUUGGCAAUCGUAGCACAAUAAUGGGCCCUUUACACCUUCUUGGACUCCUCGUCAUUUGUACGGUAUCAUCAGGGCAUAUCCUAGACGAGCAACCAUUAAUUGAUGGCCAUAACGAUUUGCCUUACAAUUUAUACCAGAUUCUCCAAAAUAAUUUAACCCACUUUCACUUUGAGGAAAAUUUAAGCAACGAUAAAUUGUGGGGGACUAAAAACUGCUCGAGUUGUCAUACUGACUUACCCAGGCUUAGGGUGGGAAAAGUCUCUGCUCAGUUUUGGGUUGCAUACGUAUCUUGUAAGGUGCAGUACAAGGAUGCGUUAGCCAAAACGAUUGACCAGAUCGAUGUCAUUAAAAGGCUCGUGAAGAAGUACUCGAAAGAUUUAGAGCUCGUCACCACCCCUGAAGGCAUAAUGGGCGCUUUUCGAGAGAAAAAAAUUGCAAGUUUGAUAGGAGUGGAAGGUGGUCACUCCAUGGACUCACGAUUGGGAGUAUUGCGAAUGUUGUAUGAUUUAGGCGUGAGAUACAUGACCCUAACGCACUCGUGCAACACCCCUUGGGCGGACGCAUCUCCAGUUGAUACACGUACACCGGUCCAUAAUCUAACCGAAUUUGGAAAGGUGGUCGUGAAGGAGAUGAAUCGUCUCGGAAUGAUGGUAGAUUUGUCGCAUGUGUCACACAAUGUGAUGAAUCAGGCCAUCUCUGUUAGUAGGGCUCCCGUGAUAUUUUCACAUUCUUCGGCGUAUGCAGUUUUUGCACACCAUCGCAAUAUACCCGACGACACUUUACGUCUGCUUAAAAAGAACACUGGAGUUGCUAUGGUUAAUUUCUAUCCCGGGUUUAUACAUGCGAAUGCCAGUGAAGCUACCGUACACCAUGUCAUUGAUCACAUCAAUCAUAUCGUUGAUGUGGCAGGAAUUGAUAGUGUAGGAAUUGGUGGCGAUUUUGAUGGCGUAGAGAGAGUUACAAAAGGUUUGGAGGAUGUCUCUAAGUAUCCCGAAUUAUUUGAUCUUCUACAAUCAAAGAACCCUAUGAGAUGGAAUAAGGAGACCUUGGCGAAGUUGGCCGGAGGAAAUUUCUUGCGAGUAUUUACAGAAGUGGAAAAGAUAGCCAAAGCAUCAGUAGACCAAGUUCCGCAUCAAAUGUGGAUCCCUAUCAAAGAUCUUAACGAAGUCGAUGACGAAACCCUUUGGAAGUGUAGAACUCUUUGGAAUAAUUCAAGUCCGACUAACUACGCGAAUACAAACAAAAGUGCAUUACGUUUAAUUCAAGCUAUGUCGAUAUUUGCAUUAACACUAAGUUUUGUAACAAAACGAAUGUAAAUUUUUGACUAAAGGUAAUAAUAUAAUCACUCUUGCUUUAA